GGAGCACCCUUUUGCCUUGGUCAGGCCCCAUAUCUUCGACAACAAACCCCCAGAGAAUGAGUUCCAAGCCCAUAACCGGCACGCCUGGCGUUGCCAGCGCUGCGCCAAAACUCGAGAAGAAGCCGAUCAAGUUUAGCAAUUUGUUGCUCGGUGCUGGUCUCAACAUGUUCGAAGUAACAACUCUGGGACAGCCGUUGGAGGUCGUCAAAACCACAAUGGCUGCCAACAGGUCUGAAGGUUUCUCGGGUGCCAUUGGCCGCAUUUGGGCUCGUGGAGGUGUUUUUGGCUUCUACCAGGGUCUCAUUCCGUGGGCCUGGAUCGAAGCCUCCACCAAGGGAGCCGUCCUCCUGUUCGUUGCUUCGGAAGCCGAAUACUACGCUAAGUCGUUUGGUGCGCCCGACUUUCUCGCCGGUAUCACAGGAGGAAUGACGGGUGGUCUUGCUCAGGCUUAUGCCACUAUGGGCUUCUGCACUUGCAUGAAGACAGUCGAGAUUACAAAACACAAGGUCGCUGCCACUGGCGCAAAGCCCCCGGGUACUUUGGAAACCUUCAUGCAGAUCUGGCGCACUGAGGGUAUCCGUGGUAUUAACCGUGGUGUCAAUGCCGUCGCAGUACGCCAGGUAACUAACUGGGGUUCCCGCUUUGGUCUGUCCCGUGUCGCCGAGACUGGUAUCCGAAAGGUUACCAACAAGGAGCAUGGCGAGAAGCUGAGCGUAGUUGAGAAGAUCACCGCCUCAGCUCUCGGUGGUGGUUUGAGCGCGUGGAACCAGCCCAUUGAGGUUAUCCGCGUGGAGCUCCAGUCCAAGACUGUUGACCCCAACCGGCCCAAGAACCUGAAUGUUGCCUCGGCGUUCAAGUACAUCUACUCGAACAAUGGUAUCAGGGGUCUUUACCGUGGUGUUACUCCCCGAAUCGGACUUGGCGUUUGGCAGACGGUUUGCAUGGUUGCUUUGGGUGAUGUGGCAAAGGAGGCUGUUGAGAAACUCACUGGCGACAAGGUUACCGCCAAGCAUUAGACGGCGUUUGGGCUAUUGAUAUGGCGGCCGGUAUGAUUAGGCUAGAAUUUAUGCAAAUGCCUCGAGGGUGAUUUCGGACACACUUGAACUUUUGAUAUCACGGCAGGGUAUAUACCAUUAAUGGUUAGCAUUGCUAUGGAAUCAUUAGCACAAUACGAUAAUGACGCCUGAGAGGGCAAGAAUUUUGUGUCCCUA